ACAGGCCGCAGUGAUUUGGUAGCCGCUGCAGUAGGAGGAAGGACCGCGGUUCUACCCUUCUAUCUUUCAGUUUCGCCUCGAAAUUCUUUCGGUGGUUCAUUACUGUAGUGAUCGGUAAACUGAGUGUACAGUAACGGUGUUCUAUGAUAAGUAAGUCGUAGUAUUACCAACGGACAGUGAUAUCAAUCGCCAUUUUAAUCGCACGUUUUCCCUGACAGAAGCGCUAGCACAACAAUGGCUCUGAAAAGAAUUCACAAGGAGUUGAAUGACUUGGCACGGGACCCACCAGCCCAGUGUUCUGCAGGACCAGUAGGAGAUGACAUGUUUCACUGGCAAGCCACAAUAAUGGGACCUAAUGACAGUCCUUACCAGAGCGGGGUUUUCUUCUUGACCAUACACUUCCCCACAGACUACCCCUUCAAACCGCCAAAGGUUGCAUUUACCACAAGAAUCUACCACCCAAAUAUCAACAGCAACGGAAGCAUUUGUCUUGACAUCCUGCGAUCACAGUGGUCUCCAGCUCUCACCAUCUCCAAAGUCCUCCUGUCCAUCUGCUCUCUGCUGUGCGACCCAAACCCGGAUGACCCCUUAGUACCCGAGAUCGCCCGCAUCUACAAGACGGACAGGGAAAAGUACAACAAAAUAGCUCGGGAAUGGACACAAAAGUAUGCAAUGUAGUGUUGGAGUAGAAUCAUGGCCAACCACCUCUACGACAUAAGGUUAGGGGAGCUUCAGACGUAAAGAGAAAACAAACAAAAAACCAUACAAACAAAUGAAAAGUUUAAAACAAGAUCUUGUUGGUUUCCAUUGGAGUGCUUUCUUUGAGCCACGCCUCCCCUUCACCAGAGUACCUGUAAAACUCCCUCUGCCCCAACUCCCCACUUUGUCUCUCUCUCUCCUUCCUCUCUCUCUCUCUGUUUGACUCUGCUCCCUCUUCCCCUUCUGCCUCUCAGCUCACCUGCCCCCACCUUCCAGUGUACAUAUUGUCAACUUGCAAUGGUAACACCUGUCUCCCCUACUCCUUUUUCACCUCCUCCCUCCCUUGUGACCUCUGACCCCAUCUCCUGACUUCUGUAUACCAUUACAUUUGUCGCCAUGCAGGUUGGACUGUUGUGCCACCCCCCAAACCCCUCCUUUCUCCUACAUGCCUGCAUCCUCACCCAUCCUCCCAAGACGUUAAUCACUAAAAUCAUUCCUUUGAACAUCUGUAAAACUUUGAGGGGACCUUUUUAUUUCCCUAUUUUUUUCCUUCAGGGGGGAGGGGGACAAUAAUAUGGAGGGAUUUUUACACUCUGCACCCUUUCUUGUUUUGUUUUCCUUAUAUUCUCAUCUGUUGAGGUGACAAUUCAAGAAAGAAGUUUUCGCACGUGAGUCGAAGGGCACUCUGUAUUUUAUACAAUAAAUAAAAAAAAUCAUUGCAGGCUAUGUAAAAUGGCCUAUUUUGGUCUUUGUUUGAUUCUAUGAAAGGACUUGAAUUUAUCCCCACACCUCCUGCUCCUCACCCCCUCCUUCCCUCCCAAACCACCUUACCCAAGUUGACCCCUUUGUACACACAUAAACACACAUGCACGCACAACUGUAACCCCAUGUCACCCCCACCACUACCACCACGUUUUCUUUAUUCACAAAGUGGAGGUUCUGGACCAGGUAUUUAAGCAAUUUGUUUUUCUUAGUUUAACCUGUGUUUUUAUCCCCCAUCCCCAUAACUCUUUAGGUUGCUUUUUUUUUUUUUUUUCUUUCUUUUUUUUUUCUUUUCUUCUUUUUUUGUUUUUUUGUUUUUUGUUUUUUUGUUUUUUGCUAUUGUUGAUUAGAAGCUAACAUCUUAAAUGGCUAUGGGACUGGCUUGGGCUCUGGGUGCGAGGAGAACCCACUCUUCUUGCACAAAACCUCUGUAUAUUGAAUUACCUGAGAGGCUCGUUGAGCUUUGUGUGUUGAUUAAACUGUGUAAUAAAAA